CAGGGCAGAGGCUGCGCGGGCGCCGCGGCGGGCACGCAUGAACAAACAGCGAAUGAGCAACUUGAGUAACAAGCCUGGCGAGUAUCAUUCAUCAGUCACAGUGCUCGCCGCUCCGCGCACGGUGCUUUCGCGCGCCCCUCCUUCAUAACACAACAAUUCGGGGAAGGCAGUGCAUAACACAUCAUCAGAAUGUGACUAAAUAAGUUAACUCUUUUGAUCAUAACUUCCCUUCGCCUUCCUUAGUAACUAACGCCAACAAAACUUUUUUUAUUACUUUCUAAAACGUAUUUAAUUUUCCGCGUGUGUCUCGUUCCAAGCUCCAACAAAACGUGUGUGUGUAUAAAUAAAUAUUAAUUUUAUAGUGUGUUAAGUUGUUCCCGACAUGACUAUAUCGUACGCUGGUGAGGUUCCAAACGGCAGCAGUUUCGGUUGUUUCUGGAGGAUCCUUUGCAAAUGGAGAGGCAGCGUGUACAAGUUGGUGUGGCGAGAGUUGUUAGCAUAUCUCACACUUUACUACACAAUAAAUUUGCUGUAUCGAUUCGCGCUCACAGAAGAACAGCAAAGGAUAUUCGAAAAAGUGAGGCAGUACUUCGGGGCUCAGAGCGAGUCUAUCCCGAUGUCGUUCGUACUCGGCUUUUACGUCAGCCUGGUGGUGAAGCGGUGGUGGGAGCAGUACAAGUUAUUGCCGUGGCCUGACACCCUGGCCCUCUUCAUAUCCGCUGGGAUCCCUGGAGCGGUCAGUAAAGAUGAAACAGGGAGAUUGAUGCGGCGAAACAUAGUGCGUUAUGCAAUUCUAGCCUACGUCAUAACAUUACAAAGGGUGUCCCUCAGGGUGAAGAGACGGUUUCCUACAUGGCAGCACGUCGUGGACUCGGGUUUGAUGCUCGAAAGUGAGAGAAAAGUUUUCGAAAAGAUGGACGGUAAGAGUCCAAUGUCGAAGUACUGGAUGCCAUUGGUCUGGGCAACAAAUAUCAUCAACAGAGCGCGGAAGGAGGGCCUCAUAACCAGCGACCACAUUGUCCAGACGCUUCUUGUGGAGCUGUCGGACAUCAGAAGGCGUCUGGGAGCCCUCAUUGGCUACGACACAGUGUGUGUACCUCUCGUAUACACUCAGGUGGUGACUCUCUCCUUAUAUACAUACUUCGUGGCAGCCCUGAUGGGGCGGCAGCUGGUGCCUGCUGCUCCUGGAAGCACCUCCAAAUACGAGCCAGAUGUGUACUUUCCACUAUUCACCGCGUUACAGUUUUGUUUUUACGUGGGGUGGCUGAAGGUUGCCGAGGUGUUAAUCAAUCCAUUUGGAGAGGAUGACGACGACAUUGAGCUGAAUUGGCUCAUAGACAGGCAUAUUAAGGCAGCAUACAUGAUAGUAGAUGAGAUGCACGAAGAGCACCCGGAGCUACUGAAGGACCAGUACUGGGAGGAGGUGGUACCCAAAGACCUGCCAUACACGGUGGCCUCGGAGCACUACCGCAGACAUGAGCCUCCGUGCUCCGCAGACCACUACAAAGUCAAAGCGGAGGACGCCGUGUACGCGAAUGUACAAGCGCCGAGAAAAAGCCACGACGAAACCUAUGCCGAUUAUGAGAGUGUAGAUACGCCAUUGGUAGAACGAAGAAAAAACUGGUUUCAAAGACAAAUAUCUAGGAUGGGUUCCGUACGGUCCGCUUCUACCGCGUAUUCAUCCGGUGGGUUCUUCGGCCGGAAUCGGCACAACUCAGUGGUGUAUUCGAGUCCAGAGGCGGGCCAGCCGCCCGUGCAACAGCCUCCACACCACAAGAUGUCUCUCUAUGAAAGACUAGUGGGACGAAAAUCGGGAAGAGGACAGCAUCGGCAAAACUCUAGACAUGGUGCACAAAAAAGUAACGGUUCAGCGAUACCUAUUACACUUCGCAACCGACCUCGCAUCCCCACGCCGGACGUGACUAAAGAAGUGAUCGACCGCGAGAGUCGACUAGCCAUGGGCAUGCAGAACAUGGGCGUCAUCAUGGCGCACCAGGGCUACCAGAACGAGGUGCCAGUCCUAGGAGCCCUGGUGCUCUCGCCGAUUCAAGAGUUGGACAGUGGGUCGGUGAACAACACGUUGCAUGCUGGGCAGCCGGGGACCACGGCGCUGGCGCAAGCAGUGCUGUCGCCGGGCGGGCUUGCGCCGAUGCUGACGGCCGCGCCGGUCGUAUCGCCCGUCACGUUGUCUCCGAUGGGCGUCACGCAGCUGUCCAUAGUCGGCUCCGCGCCCUCCACCCCCCGCGCCGACCGAGCCACCGGCGGCGGCGGCUCCCCCGCGCCCCCCCGCGCCACCGUCACUGAACUCUCCCAAUCAGACCGCGAGAGCGAACACAGUGCCACCAGUGCGAGCACACCCCCAGAGUUCAACAGGAAGCCGAACGGAUCCAAAAGAGGCGAAGUCUACGUAUAGGUAGUUCAAUGUUUACAGAAACGUGUGGUGCUUAAAUAAAUGUGAUUGUUGAAUUUUGACUGACAUCGGUAUAAAUAAAGGAAAGCUCAUUAUUGUUAGUCGAUUACCUUUAUAUUUUAUUAAAUGAAUUUACGCACAAGCAGGGAUUGAAUUGUAUAGCUUUCUAUAAAAUAUUUUUUUAUUUUAAAAA